UGCAAUUCAGCGCUAAAUUCGAAUCCUGUUUCUCCACAUUUCUUCCCAUUAUUCAGGAUUUAUUUUAUUUUCCGCCUCACCUAAACAGAAAUGGAAACCCAGCAGUAUUAGCAGUGAUAAUAAUUAUUAUAAUAAUCCAAAACAAAACUAUAUAUAUGAAGUGAAAGGACCAAAGAAGUCUCGGGUUACCUUUUUUUUACGGUGUGACAGAAAAUGACGGGAGUUCCUUCGGUGUUUGGACAGGAACAGUUCACUGCAGAAGAACAUGAUGCUAUUCAAAAAGUCCUACGACAAAAACUGGGUCCAAAUUUUAUCUCUCAGAGAAUUGGAGCUGGCGGUCAAAAACUUGCCUACAUUGAGGGUUGGCGCUUGAUAAACCUAGCAAAUGAGACGUUCGGCUUCAAUGGAUGGUCGCACUCGGUUACACAGCAAACAGUUGAUUUUGUCGACCAUUUCAACGGCAGAUACUAUGUUGGGGUCAGUGCUUUUGUAAGAGUGCAAUUGAAGGAUGGAGUUUAUCAUGAAGAUAUUGGGUAUGGUGUAAGCGAAGGAAUGAAAUCGAAGGCUCUUAGUAUUGAGAAAGCAAGGAAGGAAGCGGUCACGGAUGGUUUGAAGAGAGCUUUAAAAAGUUUCGGAAAUUCCCUUGGAAAUUGUUUAUCAGACAAAGAAUACUUAAGAUGCAUUAACAAAGCAGCAAAACCUCUGGCACCAGUUUAUGAUAUUUCUGAGAUGAAACAAGAGAUUACAGAUGCCAGAAUCAACAAAGCCUGGUUACUGAAACAUCAGAAGCAGAUAGAAGGACCACGCCACAGCUUCCCAUCCGACAACAUACCCACCAUGAAAAAGGAGAUUCUGAAUUCAACAGAUUCCGAGUCUGACACUAUGAUCAAGGUACCCCAACAACAACAACAACAACAGAAAGAUGUCCAUAUAAAGGUAUCUAAUAGCAACAAUGCAGCAGAGACCCGAAAUUGCCACUCCAAAGAAUCAUCUUCAGUAAAAAGUCAUGAGACCUUGGCUGUUGAUUCCACUGCUUCUGACAUGAACAGAUGCCUGGGUGACGACACUCCCAAGAUGCCAGGAUCAAGUAGCAGUAAGAACAAAUGUAAAAGUAAAACCAAAGUUGAGGUCUCUCCAUGCUUCACUGAAGAUAAGCGCCAGGAACGAAUUCUGAGACAAAAACAGAAACAAGAAGAAUUCCAAAGAAUGCGCAACAAUAACAAAGCCCAACAGAAAACUGAAGGAACAAAUAAUACUGGUGGUGGUGAUUCCAAUAAUCCAAAGAAUAAAUCCAUCUGUGAUAAAGCAAAUGAAAGUACACGUAGCGUAUCUUCUUGCUCAGAUGACCGCAGUCUUUUGCCAGAAGAUCUCUUUGAUGACCAAGAUGUAUGGAACCAGUCCCUUGAUGCUGAGAUUGUCAACUUAGAAACUGCCUUGUUAUCAUCAAACAAGGUGACAACAGCCUUGACUGAAAUGGUGCUGAAAUCGUCACCAAACUCUCAGAAACUGCCAUCUGCUGUCCAAACCUUGAAUGAUGGCCUGUCCUGUGUAUCAGCAAUCUCUAGACUGUCCCCACGCAACCAAAGAGGUUGUGAGAAAGUACUGCAGCUGAUCAAAGAUACGAGAGAUGAAUUUCGAAUAAAAAAGCAACGUCUUGAUAUAUAAGAGAAGAAUAAUUUGUGGCUCCAACAGAAUAAACCCCAUUUCCUUCUUGGUAACACAUUGACCUUAUACAGACAUCAGUUAUUUACAGUUCCCUUCAAUGACAAUCGGAACAGCCAAUCGCAGUUCAUAUUAGGCACCAUUUAGUAGAAACACCAACCAAUCAGAGUUUGUUUGAAACAUCACAUGUGAUAGAAAUUCAUACGAAUCACAUAAAUCUAUAAAUAAUAGCAAUUAAAAUAAUUGGGCUGGAAAAUCCCUUUGGCAUAGAAAAAGUCCAAGGCUGCCCAUGGGACUCAAACUCACUUUUUUUUUGGCUCGCAAGCAGUCUUUGACCUUUGAUAUCCAUAUGGGUUUCUUCAAGUCAAUAUUUACAUGCUAUUAUUUAUAGCUUUAUGUGUUUCAAGAUUUACUGUUCCAAAAAAGGAUUAUUUCACAUUCUCUCAAAAGUUUACAAGACUUUUAUGCUGUCAAAAAUAAAUUCUUUUGAUGUCGCAUCUUGUAUCAAUCUCACUUGAGAUGGAAGAAGUAGAAACCAACUGCAACCGCUUCCUAAUUACCAAUCAAUUAGAAUUCAUUUCGACAUUGUGAUAACAACACCAGCACAAGACAAUGGCAACGGACUUCUUCAAUAAGAACAAGAUGCACAAUUUUAACAAUAUGAUUCCAUAAUAUCAUUAUUGAAAAAUAGAGAGAAAAACGAAGCUUAAAAGAAAUUCUAUGCAAAUACCA